GAGAUGAUGAAAAUAUGAAAUCACAACUAGUAGUAUUGCUAGCAUUCCUGCCACCCACAACAUGGAUAUUUCUCCAACUUUCAAAAGUCCCCAAGCUAAGUAUCUUGACAGCAAUGAUGUUCCAGCAAUUGAUUCCUUUGAAAGAAAGACAUUCAGCCAUCUGUGCACUUCAGACCUUUCAGAAACAACUGGAAAUAUCUGCAAUAGAGAUGUACUUGCAGAGAUGGAAGUGGAUGAUGAAGUUGUUAAUCUUGAUAAUAAUUACAUGGAUCCACAGCUCUGUGCAACAUUUGCAUGUGAUAUUUACAAGCAUCUGCGAGCAUCUGAGGUAAAAAAGAGGCCUUCCAUAGACUUCAUGGAGACAAUUCAGAAAGACAUAAAUACUAACAUGCGGGCAAUACUGAUUGAUUGGCUUGUAAAGGUGGCUGAAGAAUAUAGGCUUGUACCAGAUACUCUAUAUUUGACAGUGAACUACAUAGAUAGGUAUCUUUCUGGGAAUGUUAUAAAUAGGCAACGGCUACAGUUGCUUGGAGUUGCCUGCAUGAUGAUUGCUGCAAAAUAUGAGAAGAUUUGUGCGUCGCAAGUGGAGGAGUUUUGCUACGUAACUGAAAACACAUAUUCCAAGGAGGAGGUUCUGGAAAUGGAAUCUGCUGUUUUGAAUUACUUGAAGUUUGAAAUGACAGUUCCAACAGUUAAAUGUUUCUUACGACGAUUUGUUCGUGCUGCUGCUCAGGAGAUUAAUGAGGUUCCAUCAAUGCAGUUGGAGUGCUUGGCCAACUACAUUGCUGAACUAUCUCUCCUUGAGUACAGUAUGCUUUGCUAUGCUCCAUCGCUUAUUGCAGCUUCUGCGAUUUUCUUGGCCAAAUUUAUACUUCUUCCUUCAAGGAGACCAUGGAAUUCGACAUUACAUCAUUACACGCUUUACACGCCCUCUGAUUUGAUAGACUGUGUCAAAGAUCUUCACCGCCUUUGCUGUAACAAUCUUGAUUCUACUUUACCUGCGAUCAGAGGGAAAUACAGUCAGCAUAAGUACAAAUGUGUUGCGGAGAAACAUUGCCCUCCUUCGAUACCUCUGGAGUUCUUCCACAACCAAAUCCACUAGCGCCGGUGGUUUUUGUUGCUCCAAUGCUCUUGUUGGACGAACUUGAAGAGUCUUCUGUGUCAAUGGCUGCUUUUCUGGUCCCAAGCUGAUGAAAUUCACACUGUGCUACUUCUUUUGAAAGCAUAUUAUUACACACUGCCUGUGUACCACUUUCUUUGGUGAUGGGAAUUGGAAAAGUCCAUGUUUAUGGAAUCAUGAUCUUGAAUGAUAUCAAUCCACUUCAUUUCCAAAUGAACUCUGCAAUUCACA